AUGGCCCGACAAUCGCCAUUCAUGUCGUCGGCUCAGUUUACUUAUCCUAGUGGUUAUCAGCAACGUGAUGUUCGAUAUACUGGCAGCUCGAAUGUUGAACCGCCGAUGGCACUGAAUCGACGUCCAUCGUUACUUGCUGGUUAUCAUAGUCAUUUUGGUAGUCCGGAAAGAGCUCAAAUAGCUUCGUACUAUCCAACAUUAGGAGCUGUUUCGAUGGGACCACAUGUUGAUGAGCAUUCGAAACGAUCACGAUAUCCAACAGGUACUGGUAGUGGUGGUGGUAGUCUGUCGGCUAAUUCACAAUUAUCACCAUUAUCUAUCGAAGUUAAAAAAGAACAACAGGUUUAUCAACCACAAACGGAAGCUAUAUCGCCAACGCCAGACGAUCCGAAGAACGAUUCUCAUAUGCGCGAUUCUACAAUUGUACGCAAUGCAAUAUCGAAACUGGAAUCGGAAAUUGAUAUCACUAUGAAGAAACUUCAUCGAGCUAAACUUAGCCAAAGCGAAAUUCGUAGUCAAGCAGAUAGAUCAGCUGCUUACGAAGAAAACGAUGAUCAAGAUGAUUUACUACGAACAAAUGGUUCGCAAACAUUGAUCGAAAAGAUUCUUCAUGAGAAUCGAAGAAAAGCUGAAGACAGCCAAAAACUGUUGAAUCAUCUCAAUAAUAACAUGGAUUUGACUAUGCCGCUGUAUCAAGAACCAAGUGAUCUCGAAUCCUUACGACGAAGUCGCAUACAAUAUAUGAACGUGAUGAAAAACCAUCUGAUUGAAAUAUUCAAGAAAAGAUAUGAAAUGACUCAGCAGCAAAUUCAAACUAAAAGUGAUGAAUAUGAUAAGAACUAUCAGAAAUGGCAAAAAUCAAUUGAGAAAGAAGAAAAAUUGGUCGCAAAUAAAGAUGCGACAACGUAUCGUGAAACGUUUGAAAAAACCUUUCCCGAACUACGUAAAACACGUGAAGAUAAAGAAAAGAAACAAACCAAUGCAACGGAUUCCUCAACAUCCGAACAACAGGUCUCACUAAAUACCAAUCAGACGGAACAGGAACUCGAACUCCAAGAAGAAAAAUUACGAAAAUCAUCGAUUGUUCCACCUAUCAUCUACGAUGAAUGUCAACGACGACAUCAGUAUAUUAACCAUAACACCUUGAUUCGACGUGAUGCUGCCGAGUUCUACAAAGAACGAACAAAGAUGCCUUUCUGGACACCAGAAGAAAAACAGAUUUUCAUCGAAAAAUUCACUCAAUCUCCGAAAAACUUCGGCUAUAUUUCAUCGUUUCUUGAAAACAAAACAACCGAACAAUGCGUUCAAUUCUAUUACAUGACAAAGAAAACGGAAAAUUACAAAAACUUACUACGAAAGCAAACACAAACAACUAGACGACGUGCGAAACAAAAUGCGACCACAACAACAACGACAACGGUAACUUCAUCGACAACAAUUGAAACAACAUUAGUGACCAAAGUCACUUCUUCUAAUACAAUCGUCUCGUCAACAUCGCAACAAAUUCUUGGACAAUCAACCAUUCCUCGAGGAGAACAAGACACAGAGCGAUCAGCAGAUCGAAUGGAUAACAAUGAAGAUCGUCGCGAGACAAAUACCGUCGAUGGAAAUGAAGAUAAACGAUUGAAUAAGAAUCGAUGUCAGCUGUUAUCGUGUACAACUGAAAAGUUGGGCAAAAAGAAGAAUCGUAAGAAUCGCCUACGUGCAUUUCCAAACAAAUGGAAUGAAUUGACUACAGAAAAUCGAGAAGCUAUACGUCGUGCAUUACAAAUACCUGCGAAUGUUCAACGAUGUUGUACGCGUUGUUAUGAAAAGUUAAUCAUUCAAGUACGUCAAAGACAAUCAACGAAUCUACCCAACGAUGGCGAGGAAGAUGAUGAAGAUGAAGAAUCAUCGAAGAAUCGAUCCACAGUUACAGAUGAACAGAAUUCGAAACAAGAUGAAGAAUGGACCGAAAAUGAAAUAGAUGCAUUUACGAAAGCACUGCAUAAAUUCAACGAUAAUUGGUCGCAGAUAGCAGCGUAUGUUCAACGAAGUGAACAAAGCUGUCGAGCAUUUUAUCAAAAACAUCGCAAGACGAAUGGCUUAGUCGAAGAUGAACAGAACAUCGACGAGGAUACUGUUAGUAUAUCAGGUUCGGAAGAUCGAUCACGUCGAUUGAAUCAAUCGAGAAGAAGAAAUGAACACAAUGAUGAAGAUAACGAAGAUGAACCACAAAAGACAAUAGUCAAUGAAGAUAGUAAUGAUUCAACUCACGGAAUGAUUAUCGACGAAGGCGAUGAUCAUACAUCUAUGAAUCAAGAGAAAAAAGAGAAAUUAACAAGACCUUUACCAACAACUGAUCUAACUACGAUAAACUCUCUUGUCGAACGAGAAAUCUCUAAGACAUUGAGUGAAACAGAAAAGUUUUUAACUAUCAAUACGAAUCCAAAUAUUUCCCCCAAUAAACAUCAAUCGUCAACAACAGCUGCAAAUCCUACACAACCACCACCACUCGUUACACUAACGAAAUCCCAUUCUCCAUCUGCUCAUUCUCAUAGCCAACAAUCGUUUCCAAUUAAAGGUUCAAUUAUGCGUGGAACACCGAUCUCGCCAUCAAAUAAACCAAUUUCCAUCGAUACAUCACCUAAUCAUUCACAUGUGCAUUCGCAUCCUUAUCCUAGUCCACGAAAUGAAAAUUCUCAUCCUUCAGCACACAUGAAAUCUUCGAAGAUUAUCGAUCAACAGCAUUUAUAUACUCCUCAACAAGCUGCCUAUAUGCGUCAUUAUUCUCAUCAACAAGGAGCGCCGAGUAAUUUUUCGUCUUCAUCGAGCUCAUCGCAAUAUUUAUCACAACAGCAGCAUAAAUCGUCUACCAUGGGUAAUCAACCACCGUCCUCAAAUACAAAUAAGUCAAUGGGAAUUGAUACAUCUAAUACUGAUACGUAUGAAACAUUACGAGCAGAUUUUGUUACAUCACGAUAUUUGACCACUACCCAUUCGCCAAAUCAUGAACGGCAAACUCGCCAUCCAUCUGAGCAACGAUCUCCUUCUCAAUCAUCAACCUCGUCUAUAUCAAAUACUCAUCAAUUACUUCCUCCACCGACAGCAAUACAUCCUACGGCAUCUAAUCCUUCAUUACAAUCAUCCCCGUCAGCACAUUCGCAACAUACUCAACAGCAACAAGCUGCACUUCUAGCUGCAUCACAAAUUCUUGCUUCGUCUGGUAUGCAUCCACAAGAAUUAUUAGCCAGUGGUCUCUUACCAUAUCCACAUUAUUACAAUUCAAUACCCGGUGCUUCAUUCUAUGUGGAUCCUCGUCUUAUGCAUGAUUUCACUGCUGCUGCCAAUAGUGAACAGUUGAAAAGCCUUCGUACGAGCCGUCAUCCUCCAUAUGGUUCAACACAUUCACCACCUGAACCUUCAGCUUAUUUGUCUCAGUCAUCCAAACGACAUCCUCAUGAAAAUUCCGAACAUAUGCGAUAUCCUCCAUCAGGAGAGUAUUCCUCCUCGAUUUGGCGCACACAAAAUGCCAACAAUCCUCAACAAAUGCAUCCUCAUUUGAAAUCGAGCGCGAGUGCAAAUGAGCUAUCUCGCCAUCCAACACGUAUGCCGGCUGGAACAGACCGGGAUGCAAGAUCUCCGGAUAGCUAUCCUCAUCGCCUGAAUCCAUCACGUUCAGCUGCUGAAAAUCCAGCAAUUCAUUUUCAACGAAUCGAAACACGUCCUCAUCAUAAAUCAUCAUCGCACGAAAAACUAAACCCACCAGCACAUUAUUCCGAUCUUUCAUCUGAUAGUACAUCCUCCGCAUACCACAGACCAGCACCUGCUGUUCAUAAAUCUCACACUAAUCUUCAUCAUCCAUAUACAUCUACGUCAUCGACUCGAUCAUCAUUAGGACCACCUUCACAAAUCUCGCCACAUCAUGGAUCGAAUUAUAUGCUUCACCCUUCUCCUGUAGGAACCAUUUCGCCUCAUCAUCAUCAAGCACAUUAUCCUCAACAACGUUCAGCAUCAUCCAUUCAUCAUAACGAAUCGAUUCGCAAUUCGAAAGAACCGAUAUCGAUACAAGAGUUCAUGAAACAGAAUGUCAACGAAUUCGUUGCAUCAACAAAUAAUGAUAACAAAACAUUGAGUAAUGAUUUAUCGACGACAGAUAGUUCUAGCAGUCAAUUAUCACGUAUGCCACUUCCAACAACGAUACUGACAAGUGGAAUGAAAGCUGUUGAUACUUCUGAUCAACCGAUAUUAAUCGAUGGUGAUGAUGAUGCAUAUUUGACACGUGAAUCGAGUGAAACAAACGUUGAGGGAAGCUCAAAAUCACAUUCAAAUCAGGAUGUAAAUAAAUCACAUGUGGACAGCGAUCAACCCGAACGACGUCGUGAUAGUUCAAUCAAAAAAAUUCUUUCAAAUCAACCAUUGGAAAAACCCGAAUACGUUGAGAUCAAUCAAAAAGUGCAAAAUAGUACGGUUGGUGCCUCAAAGGUUCAUUCAAAUAGUGAUAUCAACGGUUUAGAACGAACAAAUAGUACUGGUGGACGUGAAUCCACACGAUCACGAGGUUCGAUCACUAUGCGAAUGUUAAUGGGUGCCAAUGGAAUCUAUGCUGAUGGCAAAGCUCAACCAAUGAUUGCCAAUGAAGCUUCCAGUGAACAAGCAAACAAACGUGCAGCAUCACCGAAUAAUGAUAAGAGUCAUUUAGAAUAUUUGAUUCGAGGUGAACUCAUUCGAGAAUGUCCGACAUUAGCAAAAACAGAUGAGUCAGCUGCAAUAUUUCAAGCUCGUCGCCUGUCACCGACUACACAACAUGCACAACGCUCAUCGUCCAGUCAACAUCAAUCAUCUAAACGAAUGCGCACAUCACCAAGAGAUGACUCAAUAUCGAAUAGUGAACAACAUCAUUCGACACAUGAAUCACCUACGAACGUUCGAGAUCCAUUCCUUCUACAGUCGCACCCGAAAAUGACUCAUCAUUCAAGCAAUCAGUCAUCAUCAGCGCCGACUGCCGAUCGAAAUUGGCAAUCCUUAGUUCAGCAACAAUAUCAGCAAUCAUAUGGGACACGCUCAUCGCGCCCGAGUUUAGUUAGUUCAGGCUCGAUAACACUAGGAAAUCCGAUUUCACCGUCGGUACGUUUAUCUGCUGAACAAUCACAAUAUCCACCGACAGCAAAUAAUCAACUAGUUCAUCCACGUUAUUCGUACCACAUGAGUAAAAAUGAGCAACAAUUUUCGCCACCGAGACAAUCGUCUACAUCACCACAUGAUCAUUUAUCGAAGGGAAAAUUUGCUCGACGAGCUCAACAAACACAUUCAUCUUCAUCAGAUUCUCCACACGAAUCAUCACUAUCGAUCAAUGUUGAUCAACCAGCAAAUGUUCGAAACUCACCCAUUACUCCCGUACCAAUUAAUCAAAGCAGUAGUACUCCACCGAUAGCUACCUCGCCGGUAUCAUCGUCUGCGUCUCCAACAACCUCAAUUUCUUCAAAUAACCCGCAUUCACUCAAAAAACGAUUAAUCAGUGAAUAUGAAUUCGAACAACAACAACAACAACAGCACCAGCAAGAACAGCAUAACUCUCCCACGGCUGCCUCACUCAUUGUGUCAGCAUCAACACCGCCUCCGAUUGUAUUAACUGAAACGAAACCAUCUAGUGAACCAGUUGUUACCACAGACUCAACUAUUCCGGCAUCGAAUUUCGAGAAUAUAUCGGAUACUGAAACACCUAAAGAAACAACUAAUGAACGUCCUGACGAAAACGAAUCUACAACAUGA